AUGCUGACUGCAGUUCGCCAACUAAAUGUAUCUAAAUUGCCAGAAAUCACGAGAGUUCGUAUGAUUCCAGACGGUAUACCACCAUCACCACCAUCGUCAGGAAAGCUAUUACCAUCGAGUAGGGGUAUUCAAACACCCACAAAGAUUAAAUUGAAUUUACAUAAUGUUAAACAAAUUCCAGUCAAACACCCAAAUAAACUACUGACUUUUUGGAGUAAAUUACCAUUAAAACAUAAAAUUUUGAUUGGUAUUGGAUUAUUUAUGGUAAUAUGUGCUAUAGCUAUUAUUCCGCCGGUUGUUGUUGCUACUUCAAGAAUAAUAACAAGUACAACUGCCCCAACAACGACGACAUAUGCAUGUGCAUCUACUACGUGUUUAAAAUCUCUUACAUCGUUUCAUGCGAGUACAAUAGCAUUUUGGCUAUUUGAUUCAACCUUCAAUGACGUUAAUAAUAUUUAUACUGGUUUUGGUUAUGGAUCACCUUCUUAUUCUAGUACAUAUGCAUACCUUGGACAAGCUAUUUAUCUUACUGGUUCAAGUUAUGUUUAUGUCAGUACACAAUUUAUGAAUUUAACAUAUCAGAGUUUUACAAUAGAAGGAUGGAUAUACCUGGCAUCUGUUACUAGUGAACGUGGUAUAUUUGGGCAAUGUGCAUCAUCAACAACAACUAAUCAAUGUUUGGAUUUAAGUGUUAAAAGUGGACAUUUACAUAUGGGUUUUCAAAAUGAUGAUAUUAGUGGAGCCACAUUACUUGUUACUAGUAAAUGGUAUCAUGUAGCAUUUGUAUACGAUUCAAGUUCAUUACAACAAACAAUUUAUUUGAAUGGUGUCCUUGACGGAACAACAGCUGGAAGUGGAACAAGCUCAGGACCGUAUUUAGGGACAAGUGGCUCUACUACUAUUGGCUUGACUGUUUCAAGUAAUUAUUUUUCCGGUUAUAUUGAUCACCUAAUAGUAACAAGUGGUGCUAAAACCGCUUGUCAAAUAUUAAAUGAUGCAACACUAACAGCUUAUUAUCCAUUUGAUAGUGGUUCAUAUUAUGAUUAUGGAAUUAACUAUCAGAAUGGGAAUGGAAAUCAACUAACAAGUGUAACGGGUCGUGUAAAUCAAGGAAUUUUAUUUUCAGCAACAACGUCCUAUUUUCAAACACAAGGAUUUACAGCUACAGCAGGAUACGCCGCCAGUCAGCCAUUUACAAUUGCUCUAUGGGUUAAACCAACAAGCGUUGUUGGUGGUACACUCGUCCAUAUAUCUACUGCAGCAGCUGGUACAACAUCUGGUACCUAUAACGCAUGUUUUGAUCUUCUCGGCUUAACAAGUGGUGGUUAUUUAAUUGCACAAAUAUUUACAACCACAAGCUGUUGUUAUUCAUCGUCUACAACAGCUAUAACUGGACCAUUAUUGUCAGUUAACGUAUGGACACAUAUAGUUGUUUCAUAUAGUAGCAGUAAUGGAUUAAAAUUAUAUAUUAACAGUACAUUGAAUUCUUUUAGUUCAUCAUCACUUGCAUCAUUUCCAACUUCAGUGUAUACAACACAACCUUACGUGACAAUUGGAAAUGCAAGUCCAUCGGGUACAGCUCCUAGUUGUAUUACAUCAACAAGUUCACCGGGAGUAUUUCUAGGAAUUAUCGAUGAGUUAUAUAUUUAUAGCCGAGAACUUACAACAACAGAAAUAUGUGCUUUGGCCAAUCCAUAG